AUGGAAGAAGAAGAAGAAGAUCAAUUUUCACGCUCAACACCCAGCGCCUUGAGGUUGAGGUGGGAUGUUUUCUUGAGCUUCCGGGGGGAGGAUACACGGGACAACUUCACGGAUCGGCUCUACUCGGCCCUAGAUACGAGCGGCGUCCGAGUUUUCCGAGACAACAACGGAUUGACUCAAGGAGACCAGAUUGAUCGAGGCUUAGUCGAGGCCAUUGAGGACUCGGCAGCUGCCAUCGCCAUUAUCUCAGAUAACUAUGCAUCCUCCAGGUGGUGUCUCGAGGAGCUUGCGCACAUCUUCCAAAGCCCACGACUCGUCCUUCCGGUCUUCUACCGGGUUGAUCCGUCGGAUGUUCGACGCCAGAGGGGGCCAUUCGAGGAGGAUUUUAAAGCUCUGGAGGAAAGGUUUGGAGUUCAAAAGGUGGUCAGAUGGAGGAAAGCCAUGGAAAGAGUUGGUGGGAUUUCUGGAUGGGUUUAUAACAACAGCGAAGAGUCGGAUUUGAUACAAAACAUAGUCAAAAGGAUUCUGGCUGAACUGAGCAAUUCCCCUGUGGUUGUGGCUUCUUACGUUGUGGGACUUGAUUUUUGUCUGGAAGAAUUAGUGGAAUUGUUAGACGUCAAGCAAAAUGGCCAGCAAGUUCUGGGUUUGCACGGACUGGGUGGAAUUGGUAAGACAACUCUUGCCAAGGCUCUCUACAAUAAACUUGCUAGACACUUUCAAUGCCGCAGCUUCCUUUCCAGUGUUAGAGAAAAUUUUAAAAGUCGGCAAAAUGGUCCUGAAUUCCUUCAGAAAAAGAUUGUUGGUGAUCUUUCUUCACACAAGGUGCCUCCUACUUUCUCUGAUGCCAAAUCUUAUGUGCUAGAAAUGAAGAGGAUACUGAAACAAAACCGAGUUCUUCUAGUUUUAGAUGACAUUGAUGAUGCAGGACAACUUAAAGAACUAGCUGGCUCGAGAGAAUGGUACUCUGAAGGAAGCCGGAUAGUAAUUACUACUAGAGAUGCGGCAGUUUUACCAACUGAUUUUGUGGAUAAGAUUUAUGAAGUGAAAUCUUUGGGAAAGUCUGAGUCACUAAAACUUUUUAGUCACCAUGCAUUUAGAAGAGAGAAUCCCACAGGAGCUUUCCUUAAUUUGUCCAAAGAAAUUGUCUCCUGUACCGGUGGACUACCGUUGGCACUAGAAGUCUUUGGUUCUCUUUUAUACGGUAAGAGAAUAGUAGAGGAAUGGCAAGAUGCUUUGGCAAAGCUGAAACAGAUCCGUGGGCCUGAACUUCAGGGUGCCUUGAAGAUAAGUUAUGAUGCCCUUGAUGUUCAAGAGCGGUCGAUAUUUCUUGACAUUGCAUGCUUGUUUCUGAAUUUGGAAAUGAACAGAGAGGAUGUAAUUGAUGCGCUGAGAGGCUCUUAUUUUGGAGUAGAGACUGCAAUUACUACUCUUGUUUCAAGAUCCCUUAUAAAAUUUAUCGAUUCUGAGCAGUUAUGGAUGCAUGACCAGAUUCGAGACAUGGGAAGACAGAUAAUUGUAGAAGAAAAUUUAUCAGAUGUUUAUGGACGCAGCAGAAUCUGGAAUCCUGCCGAUGUUUUGGGUCUCUUUCAAGACGGAAAGGGUACUCGAGAUAUUCAAGGAAUUGUCUUAGACCUUGAAAAGAAGAACUUCCCUAGGGAUAAAAAGGCACGGGCAAUUGCAUGGCAACAACUUCGUCAAACACCCAAUUUUACCUCUGCAGUAACAUACUUCAGGGAGAUAUACAAGGAACAUCAUCACCGUUAUGCAACAAAAGAUGGUGAAGUCAUACUUAAUGCUACAUCAUUUGAAUCAAUGGUGAAUCUGAGACUGUUACAGUUCAGCAAUGUGAAAUUGGAAGGACAUUUGAAACGUUUACCUGCCCAGUUAAAGUGGUUACAGUGGAGAAAAUGUUCCCUGAGAAGCCUUCCUUCUGAUUUUUUCCCAAGGGAAUUGGCGGUCCUUGAUCUCUCAGAAAGCAAAAUUGAAAGAAUCUGGGGACGGAAAUGGUGCUGGCAUGCUCAACAGAAUGUUAUGAAUCUUCGCCACUGCAACAACAUUACUGAGAUCCCUGAUUUAUCUGGGUAUGAAAAAUUGGAAAAGCUGAUCCUGGAACGCUGCACCAAAUUGGAGAAGAUUCACCAAUCAAUGGGGGACCUUCGAUCAUUGCGUCAUUUGAACUUGAAUCAUUGUUUAAGCCUCGUUGAAUUUCCUGAAGAUGUUUCGGGACUUAAAAAUGUGGAGAUUCUAACCCUCUCUGGUUGCACAAAGUUGAGGAGUCUUCCAAAGAAUAUAGAAUGCAUGAUUUCAUUGAGGGUACUUCUACUUGAUGAUACUGUGAUAGGGCACCUACCAGAGAAUAUUUUCAGGCUAACAAAACUUGAAAAGCUUAGCUUGGAAAGAUGCUCGUCACUGAAACGACUGCCAAGACACGUAGGAAAGCUAAUAUCUUUGAGGGAAAUCUCUCUAUACCAUUCUGCAUUGGAGGAAAUCCCUGCAUCUUUUGGUUCCUUGCGGAGUCUUGAGACACUAGAUCUGAUGUGGUGCAGAUCACUAACUGUAAUUCCUGAAUCUGUUGGCAAUCUCAAAUCAUUAACAAAAUUCUAUCUUAGUGGCAGUUCAGUAAAGCUUGUGCCAUCAUCUAUUGGUUACUUGUACUAUUUGAAAGAAUUGUCACUUGGAAAAUGUUUUCAUAUAAAAAUGCUGCCUGCUUCAAUCGAGGGGCUAUCUUCCUUGACAGAGCUUCAGCUAGACGACAUGCAAAUUACGGGUCUACCAGAUCAGAUUGGUGCCCUUAUAUCAGUCAAGAAACUUGAGAUGAGGAACUGUAAAUUACUUAGUUCACUUCCUGACUCCAUUGGAAAGAUGUUGGCUCUGGAGAAAUUGAUCAUAACAAAUGCUGCCAUUACAGAGUUGCCAGUAUCUAUAGGUUCGCUGGAAAAUCUCUUUAUCUUAAGAUUGAACAAAUGUAAGAAUUUGCAGAGAUUGCCAGAUUCAUUUGGAGACUUGAGGAACUUGCGCCACCUGUUAAUGGAGGAGACUGCUAUGACAGAAUUACCUGAAACCUUCGGUAAGCUUUUGAACUUAAUGAUAUUGAAAAUGGCAAAGAAACCGGACGGCCAACUUGCUCAGAGUUCAGAAACAAUAGAUCCAGUUAUAAAUGUAGAAAGGGAAGCUGAAUCGAUUUUGCUUCCACCUUCUUUCUCAAAGCUCAUCUCGUUAGAAGAAUUUGAUGCUCGAGCAUGGAAGAUCUCUGGGCAACUACCUGAUAAUUUUGAGAAGUUGACAUCAUUGAAAAUUCUGAAUUUGAGUCAUAAUGACUUUUUCAGCCUGCCGUCUAGCAUGAGCGGACUCUCCGUUCUGAGAGAGCUUUUCCUAUCCAGUUGCAGCAAGCUUAAAGCUCUUCCUCCUCUUCCCUCGAGUUUGCUGAAUAUUAAUGCCUCAAACUGCAUAGCACUCGAAAGCAUACACAGCCUUUCAAAUUUGACGUGUUUGCAGGACCUAAACCUCUCAAACUGUGGAAAAUUGGUAGACGUCCCAGGUAUUGAAUGUUUAAAAUCAUUGAGAAGGUUGCACAUGGUUGGAUGCACUUCAUGCGCCCAAGCGGUCAGGAAAAUUGACAAGGUUGCCCUGAAGAAUCUGGGCAAUUUGAGUUUUCCUGGAAGUGAAGUUCCAGAAUGGCUAACUUCAGAUGUGGUUAGCUUUUCGAAACGCAAAAACAUUUCGCUUAAAGCUGUAAUCAUUGGUUUCGUCAUCUCUGUGGAUUGUGGAGGACUAGUUGAUUCCCGACAUCAGCUGCCUGUAGUACCUGGUGUUAAUGCAAAGAUCCUCAGGCUGAACGAAACAGUACAUACUUCUGGCAUGUUCUUGGCAGGAGUGCCUAGAACGGACGAGGAUCAAACUUAUUUGUGCCGGUACGAGGACUAUCAUCCCUUAGUUUCCAUACUAAAAGAUGGCGAUAAGAUAGAGGUUGGAAUGCAGAACCUUUCAAUUUUUGAAGGGCUGCAGCUGAAGAAGCGGGGAAUACAUUUGAUAUUUGAAAAUGAUGAUGAUUAUGAUGGGGAUGAAGAAUCGUUGGACCAAAGUCAACAAUCCAUAUCAGAGAGGCUAAGAAGAUUCAUAGGUUCUCCCCGAAAAGGUGAUCUUAUCACGGGCUCAAGAGGAGAAAAUAAGCAAGAACUGCAGAAGCAUGUCUCCGAUUGCUUCCAAGGGAUAUUGGGCUAUGCUAAAUAUAAGCCAAGCCUAAUUGUCUUAAUCUCACUGAUUCUAGGCAUAGCGUUUGCGUGGUGGCUAAAAGUUUAGACUGCAUUGUACCGUACGAAUUAAUUCAAUGGUUUUGGUUGCCAGAUAAAAUUGUAGUUUUAAUUAAUCAAUCAAACUCCAUUUCUCUGUUAUA